CUAUCAUCUGCCAGUUUAUCUCGAAUGCAUGCCUUACCCUAUUCAAAUAUGGAUUCCUGCGAAGGCAAUCUGCUUCACUACUGUCAUGGUGCCACUGAAUUACUGUCUCAAUCGUUCUACUAUCUACCACAGACCUUUAUCCAUAGAGUGCAGAGAAAUUUUUAGUGGCUACAAUACCAAGGUGACAAAUCCAGAGAAAUAUCUCAGCUGAUGGCUUAUCGUCUCGGAAACUCAAUACAUCAAGCGCGAUAACGUAAAAGACUAUAUCAGAGGGGCAUCCUUCUGAUUUGAAUAUAGGCAAGAGCAGGGCCAACAAAGUGAGAGGUCAACCGAGAGCCAUAUAACAGAAAUUAAGACACUAAGUUGGAAAGAUGUUGUCGCCGGAAAGGUUGAAUGUGAAAGGCCUGGACAGCUUCUAUG